CCACCCCUAGCCCCUUGUCUCCGCCACUGUAGGGAAGGAAGGCGCAGAAAUCCCUGCAAUAAAGGCAAAGAAAGGCAAGAAAAGUGAGAAACACUGAAGGCCAUGAAAAUCUCAGGAAAACAAGAUAUUAUAAGAAAGAAACGGCUGAAAAAAAACAAAUUCAAGGGGUACUUGAAUCUGACGUGAAGCGAUUUAUGUGAAAAAGAUCCUCCCCUGUUUUCCAAGAGUCAUGUCUGUUCAGUGCUCCACAUUCAUAUAUAUAUACACAAAGGUAAUGGUAACUACAGGCCACAAUAUCCACAGGAAGUCUGAAUUCAGAAACUCCAAAUCACAGGCUUGGGUUUAGGAGAAACUGAAAAUGGGCCGUCAUCUUCUUCUUCUUCUCUUUCUGCUUGUUUCAAUGUCAGUAAGGUGCCAUUCAUGGGGUUGGUUCUCUUCUUCAAAAGAGACUGAUGGCUCAGCCGAUAACCCUUCUCAGAGAAGAAGAGAUCUUUCCACUGGUUCUGUUCCAGAAUUUUCAAUGGAUGGCUUUAGAGAUGAGAAGGGAGUGAGGCUGGUUGAAAGUGCCAAAAAUAAACUGGCAGGCUCAAAUUCUUGUUGGCAAAAUGCUUAUCAACAGCUCUUUGCCGGCUGCUCACAGAUUCUUGCCGUCGAAGAGAAGCGGUCAAGAUUUGCUUGGCAUCUUAGUGAUUGCUUCCAAAGGGACUCCGGCAGACCGCCUUUUCCUUACUGUGACGCAAAAUCUGCCAUGGUUAAUUGUCUCAAGAAGUUAAAUGAACACGAGCAUCAGAUUUUUCUUGAAUUCUUACUUGAAACCAACUCCAUUUGCUAUCAGUUACAGGCCCAUUCCUUCAAGCAUAAAAUGGAGGGACUAGUGAAUGAUCUUAAAAAUUCUGCAGAAUACACCACAGACCAACUAGAUAUCAUACAAGAGAGAACACAAUCCCUAUCAAAGAGCUCAAAUCAAAUUCAUGAGACCUUGAGCUCCAUUGAUUUUCGUGUUCAAAAUGUAGCUCAAACAUCGAAGGAUGUGAAGGAUCACAUGGAUGUUUUAUCUCAGCAUUCAGAAGCUGUUUAUAGGCAAUCUAGAGAAAUAGCAGAUUCUCAAUCCCAACUGCGAGAAGAACAGGCAAGAAUGAAUGACAGGUUGAAGGAAGGGAUGGCAAACAUUUAUGACGCUUACACCCAUUUGGGCCAACAAGUGGAAAAUAUGAGGAAUGAGGCUGCUGAAAUAGAGAAGCAGAUUGAUAAAGUUGGAGAAACAAUGUCCUCAAGGAUGCAAAAUUUGCAGAGUACAGCUGAUGACAUCGAGGAUAAAGCAGGGAAAUCCUUGGACAAGCAACAUCAACUUUUAGAUGGGCAAUCCUCUGCACUCAAGGGUCUUCAACUCCUAACUGAAUUCCAAUCAGAAGCACUAGAAGAAAGCAGGAGCACUCUUGAGAGAUUAGCAGAAUAUGGCCGUAAACAGCAGGAAGAGCUUCUCCAGCGGCAAGAACUGCUUCAACAAGUUCAUGACAACUUGAUUGAAAAUUCAAAGUCAAUAUUGACAGCUCAGGAAGCUUUUGAAUCAAAACAAGCAAGCAUGUUCAUAGCCCUGGAUAAACUGUUUGCUCUGCAUAAUGCUAUGUUACUUGAAUCGCGAAUAAUUAAAGCUUUCUUCAUCUACACCAUGUCAAUCUUUAUCAUUUACAUGUUCACUAGCACAAAACAAACAUAUACUGUAAGAGCCAGGCUAUACAUCGGUCUCUGUGCUACAUUCUUGAUAGAAGUUGCGAUUCUUCGAUUGACAACAAAUACUAUUGAACAGCGAACAUGGCUAAUUAACUUGGUCAGGUCGCUCUAUGUGCUUCUCUCAUCCAUUCAGUUUCUACAUGCCAUUUACACAUACAGGGACUAUGAAGUUCUGAAUCAUCAGAUGAUACGAACAUUAAUUGACAAGGUUAAUGACAUGCAAAUAAAUAAAGAGGAUUCAUGGGAAACAGACAGUGAUGUCGACUGGCCUUCAUGGGUUAAAACUGAGUUACCAGUCGAAGUUGAUAAGUUGGAAGACCCUGACUACAUUAUUCCUGAAGAAGUUGGAGAGAACUCAAUUUCAACUUCCAUAACAAGAAAAUAUAAUCUCCGCUCACGCAACCGUUGCUGAAAAUUUCUUGAUCCUGAUACAUCUAUUGUCAGAUGUAUUAAUUCAGUAAACAUUCAUUUGAUUUUGCUUGUAACAGAAUAUUGUCUGGGGUAUGGUCCCUAAAAUUAUGAACAAAUAGAUUUCUGUUUUAUAAAAAGGGAGGGUCGAUUUAUUUA